CACAGAAAGGAUGUCGAGAAAGAAGGAUGAGGACGAUGAAAACCAAGAAAACCUGAUGAUCCUCAGACUUCCCGACAAAUACGCUCAGACAGUGAGACAGGCAGUAAGUAAGGGUAACCUACGUGAGAGAUUACAGGUGGACAUCAAGGAUGACUGCAGGAACGCGCUGCUCAAGAUUGAAAAUGACAUACUGUCAGCAAGGAUAGUUGACCUGCCGUGCAUAGUUGAGUGUCAGAAAACUGUGGAUAACAAAACGUUCUACAAAUCUGGGGACAUCUGCCAGAUGUUACUGGUGGCCGAAACACCGCUAGAAGCGGAGGAUGCGAACAGAUCACAGCUGAUAAGAAAGGAGAAGAACGAUCACAAGAAAUAUGUUCACUCCCACGGUAUAACCCCUCCCUUUAAGAACGUACGGAAGAAGCGUUUCAGGAAAACUGCUCCUAAAAAGAUAAUAGACGAUCCUGAGGUGGAGAAAGAGGUUAGACGCCUACUACGAGCUGAUAUCAGUGCUAUCAGCGUCCAAACGAGGAUUGUAUACGACAAACCACACUUGGCUCCGUCCUCCGUUCCGGAGAGUAGCAAGACUGUAUUGGAACUACCAGGCCUCUCUCAAGAAAUAAUAGAGAUACCCCAGACUGCUACAUGUGACCUCUCUAAAAUGUUGGAUGAAACGCUGACUGCUGACAUUUCAGCCACAAAACACAGCGCUCAGGAGGGAGAAGAGGAGAAGAGUUUCGACAAAGAGCUAAUGGAGAUGUUCCAGGAUCUGAGUAGUGAUGACGGGGACUCCAGUCCAGACGAGGACGGUACGACUACAAAGGCCAUUAGGAAAGGAGCUGUGAGGGUAGCCAUGGAUACCAGCAAUUCUACCAGUCAGGAUGCUAUAUUUGAGCUGGAGACCUUGGACAGGAAGAUAAGAGGGUUAGAGGUGGAGGUAGCUCGUACCACCAACUCAUUCCUACAACAACGACUCCAGGAUGAUCUGGAGAAUCUUAAGAAACUAAGAAGUAAGAAGUCAACUGAUAUGGACUGAAACUGGUCACUUGUCAAUGAGGACAAAUUUACAGCGAGAAGAAGUGAAAGCGGACAGAAGUUCAACUUUCGAUAAUGACAAGAUAGACCUAGUGAUCAGUUGUACUUGGUUAUUUUCACAUGGUCAUCUUCGCCUGAGCUUUGAGUUUACAGUUUACAUUGUCCUCUUCCAAUUUGUUAGAUCUACAAAUUAGAUAUGAUUUGUGUUAAGAUGAUAAUAUGAUGUGUUAUAUGUUUAAUGAUUGUCUUGUAAUUGAUUGGCAUAAUAGAAAGUGUCCAGUUACGAUCUAAACUGUGAAGAUUAGAACCAUACAGAUUCAGUCUCAGUUAUCUUUAGUGCGAAUAAUUGCUUUUACAUCAUUUUGAUAAUCACUGAUAUCUUUUAUUUGAGCAUUUGACUUGUACAUUUAGUUUUGUUUCAAAUUUACAUUUCUAUUUUAUCAGAA